UUCCGUUCCCAUCGUUCAUCAAGAGAAGUUGCAUUUCCCUAAACUCCUUUACAUUCAAAGUAUGUUGCAAUAUAAAAAAAAGUUAUGCUGAUAGUGAAAUAAUGGUUUUUAUCAUGGAUCGAUUUGCGUCAUCGUUCGCCUAAACAGCGUUCCACUAUCUACACACCGAAAAACAUGAUAUUCGAUCGAAUACCGUAACCGCAUACCAUUUAUAUAGCAUUUUCAUCGGGUACUGCCGAUUCAUGCUUCGGCGGGUACUUGUUCAGAAGUUUGACAACCCAGAUGAGCGAUGUGUCAAUCAUCCUAUGCGGUUUGAGCAUGUUUUGGUUUAGUUGCGUUAAAUUACACCGGUGCUAGAAAUCAAUUAGAACACGUUAGAAAUGUCUGGGUUUGUGAAACGUAAACGCGCUUUAAAUAUAAAUGGAACACGGCUUUCAGUGCAUACGGGACAGUCUAUAAUUUCUUUGGGAAACCCUUCAUUAGAUCAUGUUUUCGGUGGUGGAUUUCCCAUCGGUUCCAUCAUUGGAAUAGGUGAAGAUAAGCAUGGAAAUUAUGCUAGAGUGUUGUCUAAAUAUUUUCUCGCCGAAGGAAUUGUAAACAAACACCCACUUGUGGUGGCCUCAAUGGAUGAAGAUGCUACCCAAUUGAUAAACAAAUUACCAACACCGCUUGAGGAAAUCAAAACAGCAGAAAACAACUCCACCAUGCCAGAACCGGAAACUAUGCGGAUUGCCUUUCGGUACAAUCAGCUAACUCCUGUAGAUUCCGAACAGAAACCUGCAACUUUGCUUGGACACUACUUCGAUCUUACCAAAACGAUGAGUCCUGAUAUGUUAUUAGCCCACGAUGUAACCUGCUGGAACGGAGGCGAACUAGAAACAAAUGCGCCAGAAUUUGGUUCGUUCAACAACCCAAAUUACGCUUCCCUUUUAUCCUGCAUCCGUAGUAAAGCCGGCGAACAACAGUUUAAUGCUGCUUCGGACGAAAGCUCUAAAAACGUGCUACGAAUUUGUUUAAAUUCUAUGGGCUCACCAUUGUGGUAUGACAAGAACUUUUCUGAAGAUUUUCUGCGUUUCAUGGUGUUGUUAAAAGCUAUCGUGCGCAACACGCUUUCAGUUUGCCUUAUUACCGUACCACUACACCUAUUCAACCAUCUCGACGAUGUAUACCUAUUCAAAAAGGUGAGAAAUAUGUUCGAUUUUUCGUUUGACUUGGAAGCAUUUGCUGGUCAAAUGGAAGAGCAGGCAAAUCCCGCUUUCAAAGAGUACCAUGGCUUGUUGAAUAUUACCAAAAUUACACCGUUUAAUAGUUUGGCAUCCUAUCACCCGAAGACGCUUGAUUUAGCGUUUAAACUGAAACGCAGCAAAUUCGUUAUCGAAAAGUUACAUCUUCCACCGGACAUAGCGGAUGACGACGGUGCAAGCAAAAGCCAAGUGCCCACAAUGAGUUGUGCAAGCGUAGGAGGCAAAAGCAAGCUGGAUUUUUAGCCGCACGUCCUAAGGUUGAGCAGAGCGUCACGGUGCACAAAUACAGUACACGUUUAUCAACUGGGAAAUAACACUCUUUUAUUCGCGCUUAUAAUAUACAAUUUUAAAAAUGUUGCUGAAAAAUAGCGUACCCUACACGAGGUAGCUUUUUGAGAUCUGAUAAUAGUGAGAAUUAUUGUUAAAAGCCGCAUCGGAACGCU